ACAUCAGAAAUCAGUAUCAGAGUCGUAAUAAUCUCAACUCUAUUUGAGUUAAACAACUUUGAAGCCUCAAACAAACCCAAUAACUGUAGCCCCAUUAACAGACACCUACGUCCACCACAGGGAUACACACGUCAUUAUCGCAAUUUCUCAGCUCCUUUCCAGUCAUCUCGUCGCCCUCUAGCACUAACAGCAAAACGCCAUCUCCUCCUCCUACUGCUCAUUACUCUGCCCUCCACACUCUUCACUUCUGCUUCUCUCUCUCUCUCGAUCAAUCACCCUACAAUUACAAAAAAUGGGAACAAGAAUUACGUCACACCAGCUCAAAAAUGGGCUCGUCGUCUCCGGUCGACCGGACCAGCCUCUCAAGGAGAAGCAACCUACAAUGGCAUCACGCGCCGUUCCUUAUACCGGAGGUGAUAUCAAAAAGUCAGGCGAGCUAGGUAAAAUGUUUGACAUCCCCGUCCUCGAUCAACACUCUCCUACUGGGCCUUCUCCUCCUCCUAUACCCAAGCAACCCUCGCGCCAUUCCUCCUCUUCUCAACACAAUAGCGGAUCCGUCCGAUCCGGGCCCAACUCCGGACCAGUCAAGAAAUCCUCCGGUCCUAUGCCCCUCCAGCCCACCGGUCUCAUCACCUCCGGACCCCUUGGCUCCGGUCCAUUGGGCUCCGGUUCGCUUCCACCAUCCCACAGGAGAUCCGGCCAGCUCGACCAUACUGCCUCAGUAAUUGGAUCCGGCUCUAGCAAGGCGCUCUAUGGGUCUGCUGUUACCAGCUUGACGGAGGAUGUAAAGGUCGGUUUUAGGAUUUCAAGGCCCGUGGUGUGGGUGAUACUGGUAGUGGUGGCCAUGGGAUUGCUUGUUGGUGCAUUCCUAAUGGUGGCAGUUAAAAAAGCGGUUAUUUUGGUGGCCGUGGGAGCGAUACUGAUCCCCGUAAUUGUAGGGCUUAUCUGGAAUUGCGUCUGGGGAAGGAAAGGGCUGUUAGGGUUUGUUAGCAGGUAUCCCGAUGCUGAGCUUAGAGGUGCUAUUGAUGGACAGUACGUCAAGGUCACUGGGGUUGUCACAUGUGGCAGUAUCCCUUUGGAAUCAUCUUACCAGAGGGUACCCAGGUGCGUAUAUGUUUCCACGGAACUGCAUGAAUACAGGGGGUGUGGUGGAAUAUCUGCACAUCCCAAGCACCGUUUCUUCUCAUGGGGAUCUAGAUAUUCGGAGAAAUAUGUUGCUGACUUUUACAUAUCAGAUUUCCAAUCUGGAUUAAGAGCACUAGUAAAGGCAGGCUAUGGGGCAAAGGUUGCUCCAUUUGUCAAACCAGCUACAGUAGUUGACGUGAAGAAGGAGAACAGAGAUUUAUCACCAAACUUUUUACGCUGGUUAGCUGAUCGUAGCCUCUCCAGCGAUCACCGGAUUAUGCGCCUCAAGGAAGGGUAUAUCAAAGAAGGAAGCACUGUGAGUGUGAUGGGUGUUGUUCGACGCCAUGAUAAUGUACUGAUGAUAGUUCCACCACAGGAGCCUGUUUCAACAGGUUGUCGAUGGUUCCAAUUUCUCCUCCCAACCUAUGUUGAGGGUCUUGUUUUGACAUGCGAGGAUAAUCAAGAUGCUGAUGUAGUUCCUGUGUAGAUAUCUGUCAUUUUCGCAUAAUCUUGGUUUUAUUUUGAAUUGGAUUUCACAAGUAAAUGCUGAAAGAGUGGUGAGGAAUGGAAUCAUCGGGCACCCAUGAAAACCAGUCACUUUGUUUCUAGGUACUAAAAAUGGAUAUAAAAUGGCCUAGAAGUUCCAGAGCUACAAGACUGAUAUAUACAUCAAGCAUAAUCUAGUGAUAUGGGAUGAUAGGCGUUGGAGAUUGUGUCAAGAAGUCCAUAGGGGAAAGAAAGAAGACUUUGCAAAGAAGCUGAGAACUGUUGUUUGAUGAUUGGCGCUAUAGCAUAUUUUGAUUUUGGCUAAUUUGUGUACAUAAUUUAGCAGUCACCCAAAGGGAUUAUGAUUUUAGUAUGGUAUAUAUAUAUAUAUAGUGUAAUAGCAUGUAAUAAUAGGGUUCUGUUACCCUUUGUUUGGAAGGGGUGAAAGAAGGUUUAAUGACUGUAACCUAUGGCAAGGUGUGGUAAUUGGUAAGGUAAUUGCCUUUUUUAUUUUUGGGAAAAAGAUAAGGUGAAGAAAGGUUUAAUAA